CCAUUAUCCACUCGACGUAGCAGCAGCAGCAAUCCAGACAGAUCUUCGAUUAGUUCAAUGUCUUCCACCAUCUAUGCACCACAACAAGAUGAAGUCUUCUUCCUUCUCCGUCGUGCCGGGUCAGUGGCACCAGCAGAGACCAAGCCAGCUCGCCCUCCUCGACCUAUUCGUCAGGACACUCCCAUGCCGAACCGAGACGACACUCCUACUACACUUGUAACCCCCAUGCCUAAUCGUGCCCUGACUUCUAGUCCCGUCGACAGUCUUUUGGCUGAUCUUCAUCCACUGCAAACUCAACAAUCUCAAAUUCAACAAUCUCAACCACAACAGCCAAAACCAGAUCAAAGAGCGAUUCGUAAAGAUAUCGAUUCCAUGAUAUUCUGUGAUGAUUUUGGAAUGGAAGAUAUGAUGAUGAUGAUUCGAGGGGCAGUACGAUAUGAAGAUGAAACUCAAAAGAGAUCAUCGAGAGGUACAUCAGCACCACUGCGUACCGAAAUUCUAGAGGUCUACAAAGAGCAUCAAGAAAGGCUCGAACAAUUAGAAGAAGCAUUGGAUCAAUUGAUGGCAGAAGCAGUUGAAGUCUAUGCUUGUUGAAAGAGAGAAAUGAAAUUGAAAUUGAAAUUG